AUGUCUCAGCUGACUAUAACCACCAGCAUCAUCGGCCUGGCCAUAGCAUCGCAGCUCUCUCGGCACCACGAGAUCACCGUCAUCGCAAGAGACCUUCCUGGAGAUGAGCCUUCUAUCAAGUGGGCUAGUCCUUGGGCCGGGGCCAACUUUGUCGCUGGUGGCUGCUCCUCAGCUCGUGAGAGGAGGAUGCAGAUGGAUGCUUUUACCGAGCUAUGGAGACUAGCUAUUAGACACCCUGAAUCCGGUGUCAAACGACUGCCAAUGGAGGAGUUCUAUGACAACGAGAGGAGCGAUGAUGAUCUCUGGUUCAAGGACUUCAUUCCAGGAUUUAGCUUCCUCCCCAAAGAUGGGCUACCAGAAGGAGUCAGAGGCGGAAUAACCUAUAUGACUAUUGUACUUAACCCGCUUAUCUUCAUGCCCUGGCUGAAGCGAAACCUCGAGAGCUCGGGCGUCAAGUUCAGGCGCAUGGACCUGGACUCCCUGUCUGACGCUGAUCACCUUGGCCAUGAUGUUCUCAUUAAUGCUACUGGUGAGGGACCAAAGUAUCUGAGCGAUAUCAAGGAUCAGAACAUGCAUCUUCUCCGUGGUCAAACAAUGAUCAUCAAGAGCGACUACAAGAAGUCUUUUAUGCGGGAUGACGGCAAGACCUACACCUACGUUAUCCCCCGUCUAGAUGGAACGGUAAUUCUUGGGGGAAUACGAGACCCAGAUGUUGAGAACACCGAGGUGGAUACUGAGAUUGACAAAGAUAUUGUCACAAGAGUCAACCGAAGCCUUCCAGAACACUUCUCCGCCGACCUCGCCGACUACGAAAUCGUGGGCCACAAUGUGGGCAUUCGGCCAUACAGGUGUUCUGGCAUGCGUAUCGAAAAGGAGACAAAGAACGGUCAAAACAUUGUCCAUGCCUACGGUAUUACUGGAGGGGGCUUCAUUUACAGCUUUGGGGUUGGGCGGGAGGUUGUGAAGUUGGUGGAUGAGUUUCUGUUCCCCGAUGGAAAAGCGAGAAUUUGA